CGCCUACGCUCCAGGCAGACAGUUACGCGCCAUCUCAACCAUCAUCCAUCAUCCAUCAUCCCAAGAGCCAUCAUCUAUCUUCCUAGAAUCACAUCUUAACAUCACGAUGAACCACCCAACUAACGAAGCCCCCAUCCCCACCCACGCCAUCAGCAUCAACAUCUACGGCCGCGGCGACGCCACCCUCAACGACGGCCCCUCCCACAUGGGAAUAGCCAUCUACGAGCUCGGCGCCUCGACAUGCACAAUGCACCACAUCCGCAACCCCACCGACGCCGACUUCAUCUACGAUCCACGCGAGCAACCACUUGAAGACGACCCCGUCCUGCGAGGUCGAUGCGAACUAGUCUCGUUCUUGGGAGAAGAAAGCUCGCGCGUCAACAACCUCCUUUCUUCGUUCGGGAACGAUGCAUCGAAUAUUCCUGAAUUCGGGGUGGGGAAUCGUCAGGAUUGGGUUGCGGGGGCGGUUGGGAUGCUGGAGGGCGCCGGGGUGGUGCGGACCGGGGAGGGAGAGUUCUGGAGGAAGAUGAUUAAUCGGAGUGCGGAGGGGAUGAAGGAGGCUUGUGUUGGGUCCGGGAGGAAAUGGGUUGAUGGGAUGGAGUUGGUGUUUGAGGGGAAGGCCGAUGCGAGGUUUGUGGAUGGGAGGGAUGGGGUGGGGAGGUUGAGUGAUAAUGUGGCUUUGAGGGAGAGGAUGCAGUUGCUGACUGGGACGAUGGAGGAGGGGAAGGAGAAAGGGGGGUCAGAAAGGCCGGUUUAUGUUUCGAGUCCUUUUUUUAGUAGGUCGAACGGGGGAGUUUGAGUUGGUCUUGGUCUUGUUUUUGUCGUCUUUGCUGGGUUGUUGGAAUGUGGUUUGAAAGGAGAGGAAAUGGUGAACUUGCAGCGAUGCUUAUCAGGAGAUUAGCGAAUUUCCAUAUAGAAAGAAAUAGUAUAGAGCUAAAAUAGCUCUCGUU